AUGGAUUCUGCGGGGGAUUGGUGUUUGAUCGAAAGCGAUCCUGGAGUUUUUACAGAACUCAUAAAAAAAUUUGGUGUAACAGGAGCACAGGUAGAAGAAAUGUGGACAAUCGAUGAUGGAAUAUUUGAAAAUUUGCGACCAGUUCAUGGACUCAUUUUCCUUUUUAAAUAUGUUCAACAUGAAGAACCUACUAAUCCUGUUGUGACAGAUGACCGUCUUCAAAAAAUUUUCUUCGCAAAACAGGUAAUUAAUAAUGCUUGCGCCACUCAAGCGGUAAUUAGUUUAUUAUUGAACUGCAACCACCCUGAUAUUCACUUAGGUCCAGAACUGACAAAGUUGAAAGAAUUUAGUAUGUCAUUUGAUCCUAAAAUGCGUGGGCUCACCCUCAGUAAUUCACAAACAAUUCGUGCAUCCCAUAAUUCUAUGGCACAGCAGACUUUUUUUGAGUUUGACAGUAAAUCCCCAAAAACAAAGGAGGAAGAUGCAUACCAUUUCAUUGGCUACAUACCGAUAGAUGGUCGUUUAUAUGAAUUGGAUGGACUACGGGAUGGCCCUAUUGAUCAUGGUCCUAUAGGUCCAGAUCAGGACUGGCUGGAUGUUGUACGGCCAAUUAUAUUGAAGAGAAUUAACACCUACACUGAGGGAGAAAUCCAUUUCAAUCUUAUGGCAUUGGUAUCUAACCGAAAGAUGAUAUAUGAACGUCAGAUAGAUGAGUUAAUAACUGAAAAUCAUAUGCUUGGUAUGGAUUCUGGAGAUAUUGAAAAUGAAGUGAGAAGACUUAAGAUGCUAAUUGAGUAUGAAGAUAUAAAAAUGCACAAAUACCAGCAGGAGAUGAUACGACGCCGACACAACUACAUGCCGUUUAUAAUAACAUUACUAACAAUAUUGGCUGAGGAAAAACAGCUUGUGCCUUUAAUUGAAAAGACUAAAGAGCGCAUGGCUAAGAAGGGCCAGAAGAAGAGAGUAUAA